GUGACCCUCUGGAGAUGCACAGGCACUGUCACAGGACGUCUCCGAUUGAUGCCAAACUGCGCCGUGAGCAACACGAAAAUCAUGCCCGUACCCAAGAAAGCAGGGAGAAAAAACAGUAGUGCUACAGAAGUAACACUGCCACCAUAUGAGCCCAAUAUCCCCGAACCAACCACCAGGGCUGACUUCAUGAAAUACUGGAUCCCCCUCUCUUUCGAUGACAAAACUGCACAGAAACUGCUGUGGAUUUCAGAGGGCGGCUCUAAGGUGGCUCGUACAUCAGAUGCAGUGUGCCCUUAUUCCCAGAGACCUGAGAGAUAUGACCACUCACCACAGGUGCUGUGCAAGGAAGGGCUGCUGGGCCAUCGAGGGUACUGGGAGGUGGACUACGACGGCUGGGUGGUGAUCGGGGUGGUCAGCGAUAGCUCACCCCGGAAGGUGCAGGACGGACCCUGCGGCAUCGGAGAGAACAAAUCCUCCUGGGGUGCUGGCUGGUCUGGCUCCUGCUAUCAGAUCUGGCACAAUGCGGAGAACGUGGACAUCCAGCUGCCCCUGUCCUCCACCAUGGGUGUCUACAUCGACCAGCCCGCAGGCAUCAUAAAGUUCCUCUUGGUGGAGGGAGAGGGUGAGAAGGAGGUGCGGCUGAUUCACAAAUUCAAAGAAAACCUCCAGGAGAAGGUCUUCCCUGGAUUCUGGGUUGGCACCAAUUCCUUCUGCCUUAUUCGGAAAAAGGAUCAGUGACACAGUAGAAUAAGCAAAUCGGGGAAAAGGGAGGGAAGGUCAAUUUAAAAAGCUGUCAAGAGGGAGAUGGGGAGCUUGUGAUGUUUGGGGAACAAGUACUGUAACCAUUUCAGCUUUCUCUAGUGCAUGAAGAAAGCUUAUUUGGUUUCAGACCGUCCCCAGAGAUGCCCAAAUGUCGUACUAAAUGACGGGCAUUUAUCUGUGUUAUUUAAACUUAGAAGAAUGGGCAUUUAAUGGUAUGUUUCAAUCCAGCUGGGACUUUGCAUGAGCUAGACUGCAUGUUUUAUUCAGUCUGGAUGUUUUGUAUGUGCCAAAUGUAGUCAAUAAACUCUCCUGUUGUGUAAUAACACUGAGCUCAUCUGUUAUAUCUGUGUGACCGCCGCCUAGCAGACUUAAACAUAGAGCGCUGGUACACUCUAGAGGCCUUUUAUAAGAAUACAUCUAUAAUGAUACAAAAAGGCUUUUCUCUUGGUGUUGCUCCUUUAUUUGAAACAUAAAAGUAGUUAACGGAACAUUUGUUUGUUUUUUCGAAAUGUCAAAGAUGGACAUUUAUCUUUUCAGAUCCACUCUACCUCUCUUUCACCCUCUCUCACACAGUCUUCUCAUUCAUUCAAUCUUUUCAACAACAUAUGAGGAGCAAAAAAGAAAAAAAAAGAAAAAGAAAAAGCCCAUCUCCUAAAAAUCAGUAUUGAUUUACAAUCAUUCUAUCAGUCAGUCAUUCAUUGGCAAAAGUAAAAGUAAAAAUAGGCAUGUUACGACGAGGUGCUGGUGUCCUCUGCUCUCUGCUCACAUUAUCUAAAGCCACAAGCUUCAUAUCAAGUCAACCAUUGGUUUCUACCCCUUAGAAGGAAUAGACUGGUUUCUAAUGGGGGCAACAGCAGGCCUCUUGGUCAUCUUACCAGGUAAAUGAUGGGAGUAUACAGAAGGAAAAAAAAACAAAUGUGGCAACUUCAGCAUGUUGAGCUAAAUGACGGCGAGGCCCUGCAGUCGAAUCUGACCUCGUCAAUGAUUAAUCACCAACAGAUGCAAACGUUUUCUGUGUUUAAACCCACAGAUCUCUGCGGAUCUUAUAGGAUUUUUUUCGGGGGAAUGUUGGAUUUAUGUUUUCUCCAUAAAAGUUGAGAUUCUCCCUGCUAGUUUCAAACUUAAAUAAGGAACAUUUUGCCUAUUUACCUUCUUUGAAACAUGAAUGCCUUUGCAGGUGUGAACUGAGAGCCAGAGGUUAAAUAGCACAGGGGCUGGCUCGCUCUGAAGUAGGAAAAACCACUCUUAAAAGUCACUGAUUAACAUGCAUCUAAUUUGUUUACGGCAACGAUUUAAAGACAGUUUCAUGUGCAUAGUAAAGUUACUAAGCACCACUACCUAUUGCAAAUCAUUUAGACCCAUGUUGGUUACCUCCUGUAAUUCUGAGGUGGAGGUAGGAACCAUUUUUAGCACCAUACACUGCCGAAUUUGUGUAAAGAACUACAGAACCUCUUAUAAAAUUUACACCAUAUGUAAGGGUACAGUUUUACAGUACAACUUUAAACAGUUUCACUGUAAUGCUGACAGUGAAAAGAAACACCCCUGAACACUCCUAAGCUGAAAUUAUGGCCAAUGUAUCCAUUUUUCCUUGUUUGUUGACAUUUGUAAAGCUAGAAAUGCUGCACAGUUGGUUGCUGCUGUGAAGGGCUGGAUAAACUAGUUACAGGCCUAGAUCCCUCUGUUGGUAAAGACGCGGGAUAUAACAUGUUAAUUUUUAGCUUUGGUGGGGCUGAUAGGUUGAACUGAGUCCAGCUAGUUUCCGGUUAGCUUUCAGCUUUUCUGGUGUGCAAAGCUUUGCCAAACUGAGACGAGCUAAGCUAACAGUCUCCCGAUUAUGCGUCAACAUUUAACAGACUUGAGAGUGGCAUCGAUUGCUUCACUCCUGAAAAAGAAAGCCAAAAAAAAAAAAAAAGAUUAA